AUGGAAAAUCCCCAUGCUAUUUACAGACACACUCCUUCCAUGUACUACACAGAGACAGUCUAUGCAGUUCGAAGACACCCUCCAUGCAAUUCACAGACACACUCCAUGCAGAUCAUGGAAAAUCCCCAUGCUAUUUACAGACACACUCCUUCCAUGUACUACACAGAGACAGUCUAUGCAGUUCGAAGACACCCUCCAUGCAAUUCACAGACACACUCCAUGCAGAUCAUGGAAAAUCCCCAUGCUAUUUACAGACACAAUCCUUCCAUGUACUACACAGAGACAGUCUAUGCAGUUCACAGAUACCCUCCAUGCAAUUCACAGACACACUCCACUCUAUGCAGUUCAGACACACUCCAUGCAGUCCACACCAUACCAAACAUUUCACAGACACCACCUCAUUCUAUUGACAG